AUGAAAAUAGCCAAUGGGGAUCGGGAGGUGUGCGUGGCCUCGCCUGCGGUGAAGGCUCCGUCGGUCGGAGAUGAGAAAGAGAGGGAGGCAGACGCAUUCUUGCCACCUCUAAACUUUGCGAUGGUCGACAAUGGCGUGUUUAGGUCCGGUUUCCCUCAUUCUGCCAAUUUCAGCUUUUUGAAAUCCCUAGGUCUACGUUCCGUUAUAUACUUGUGCCCGGAGCCAUAUCCGGAGGAGAACGAAGAGUUUUUGAAAGCAAAUGGGAUUAGGCUUUUCCAGUUUGGGAUGGAUGGCUCUCAGGAACAUUUUGUGAAAAUUCCGGAGCACGCAAUUCGUGAAGCAUUAAAAGUAGUCCUUGAUUAUACCACAGCAAUUUGCUUAUCGACUUGGAUGCCUGUGUGUGCAAGAUGUAAGGAAUCACCCGCUCCUGAUUCAUUGCAAACGAGGGAAGCACCGGACAGGCUGCCUUGUUGGAUGCUUAAGAAAGUUGCAAAAAUGGUGCCUGACCUCAAUCUUCGACGAGUACCAGAGGUUUGCAGCUGCAAAAGCUAG